AUGGUCCUCCGGGACAGAGCGCAUGACGUGGACCGCGGCUGGGCCUGGCUUGUCAUGGCUUCGGCAAUCCUUGCUGAAAUCAUCAUUGCCGUGUUGGUGUACAGCUUAGGCGUCAUACAGAUCGUCCUGCUAGACACGUUCGACGAAGGACUGGUGAAGACAUCCUGGGUUCUCAGUAUAACAACUUCUCUAGUCAAUUUAACAGGUCCGUUGGUUGGAUUCUUGACAAACAUGACCAGCUGUAGAACGUCCAUGAUGCUCGGUAGCCUCCUCAUCUUCAUCGGCUGUACAGCCAGUGCAUUUGUCACAAGACUGGACCACCUGUACGUCACUCUCUCCUUAAUGACAGGCCUUGGCUCUGGUAUGGUAUUUGCACCUUCUGUGGUGAUAAUAGGGUUUUACUUUGACAAGUACUUAAACGUGGCCAUCGCCCUGGUCAUGACUGGAGGAGGAAUCGGUAUGCUAGUUGGUGCCCCGCUGCUUGGAUUCUUCGAGAACGUUUUCGGCUGGCGUGGAAUGUUCCUGAUGUUAGCUGGGAUCAGCGCCAAUCUGUUCGUGUCUGCCAUGAUUAUUCAUCCGAACAGCGUGGAAAGAUCCCAUUGGGGGAAUCGUGCUGAUCAUUCCGACCACCCAGGAGCCGUCACGGAGAAACCUCUGGAUGACCCCCCUUCUGGUCCGGAGUCUCACUGGAAGAAGACGAUUAAAACUUCUCUGAAAGUCGUCCUCAGCCUGCCCAUGCUUUUGUUUUGCAGCAGCAUUUUCCUGUGGAGUAUAACCGUUUCCUGGGUGAACAUGUAUUUACCCAGCUACGUCAUGUUCAACGGAGCCACCAUGACACAGUCUGCGCUUCUCUUCACAGUCAUGGGCGUCUGUAACAUUGUCUCGCGACUUCUCACUGGAUUUACUGUAGCCUUCGUGGACAAGUUUAUUUUAUAUUGUGCUUCGUUUGCCGUAAUAGCUGUCUUGACAACAGGCUUUCCCUUUGUUUCUCCCUCUUUAACGUUGUCCAUGGCAUUUGCUGGUCUAAUGGGACUCUUUACCGGAGGACCUUACGUAGUGCUAACGCCAAUGACGAAAGACUUAGCAGGACUGGCGCACCUUGCUACAGCCUUCGGCGUCGAGAUGAUGGUAUCGGGAACUGGCUACUUGAUAGGACCGCCCGUGGCAGCUCUCUUGACGGAGUCUUCAGGGUCUUACCUAUACAGCUUUGUGUUUGCAGGUAUCUCCUGUGCAUGUAGCGCAGUCCUGGGUUUCGUUCUCAUCAAGUUCAAGCACCCCAGGAUCGUCGCGGAGUUAGAAAUUUACGACCCGGAGUGUAAAAGCCCUCGCCAUUCGCGGCCCAGCAGUGUGCUAUACGCGAGCCAGUUGUCUACACCAGGAGGUCCGUCCCCUUACCUCGAAAUGCGACCGAGAACUGUCGAACUGCUGGUUCCCAGCGCUGAUUAACAACUGGGCACAAGACGAGAAACAUUUAGUGUAUAGCGGAUACAUACUUUCUUUCACUGUGGACUCAUUGCUUUGCAUUACAUACAACGUUUUCAUUAUGACUGUUUCUCAUUUUAAUAGGCAAUGUAAACAAUAUUUUUUUCUGACUAACAUUAAAGUCAACACCAAGUUUUGGUGUUCUAUAUUUCAAAGUAAGUAUGUGGCCAUGUACAAAAAACUGUUUGUUUCUGUUUCCUGAAGGAGAGAAAGGUUUUGUUUCUUCACUAAUCCCUGAAGUCACGCCGAAAUAUAGAAUACAAAAAUAGUUUUUCUUGUGUUGUUUUUCAGCUCUGGAGCUAUGGUAUCUUGGGAAAAGUUUCUAGAGACUUCGAGUAAACCUCAUUGUCUCCGCUCCUUGUCACCGAGUUUUUCUGUCAUUAUCGACAACUUUGGUCAUAUCUUUGUGAAAUAUUGGUA